AUUUGUUUAUUUUGGUCAAAUGGUAAAUGUAUCACAUAUCACAUAAGCCAGUGGGAAUUAGCAUUUGCAAAGUGAUGAUAGAUAAAACACCAAAAAGGAUUGGCAAUCAACAAGUUUUAGCUGAUUUUGACCUACAGUAAGGCCCAUUUAGAAAUCAAUUCACAUAUCAAACAAACAAUCAAUCAAUCUGAUAGCUGAUAGCCUAUCUGUUGACGUGAAUACUAGGCUAUAUGAGUAAAUAAGUAGCCUAGAUGUGAUAAUUGUGUGUAUUAAGCAUAUAUAAUCUAAUGCUCAAAUCACAACCUAAUACAUUUUUUUAGACAUUAUAAUGGAUCAACAUUAUGCUACACAAAAAGUUAGAUGUGGUUUUGGCGCCACUAAGUGGUGGAUUUAUUGUAAAGUUGAGGGAAGAUAAUAUGUUUGCCAGUGGUCUUACUGUUAACGCAAUACUUUCACUCUAACGCCAAACUUCUGGGAAUUGUAAUAAUUUCUGACGGAAGAUAAACUUAUUUAUUUUUAAAAUAUGAUUACUUUGUUAGCCUUUGUGUGAUGCGUGUUUGCUGUGAAUUUAGUAGGUCACCCGUUGGCUUUCUACGGUAAGCACAUGAAGACGUGGACCCUAUGUCAUUCGGUCAUGGUUGCCAUGACAACAAUUGCCAAACAACGCAUUGAGACGAGCUAGCUUAAUUGCUAACUAGAUGUUACUUAUCAUUAAUUACGCAUAUUCUUGUAAUAUAAACCUAGUCUUCUAAUAUUUCAUAGCGUGCGCCUCCAUGUCAAAGUGUAAGACAUCUGGAUUCAAAGGGACAAAUGAUUAUGGCAAAAGUGAGGAGCGGUGAGUGUUGUUCUUAAGUUGGCUGUCAAUUAACAGUUGUUCACAGUGUAUUUUGUUGUACAGUAUAAAGAAAUCUGAAUAUACUCAAAAUCUUGAUUUUAGAAUACCUUUAUUUGUCCCACAUAGGGGAAAUUUUGUUGAAGAAGUAAAUGGCACGGAAAGGAAAGACUGAAGGAAAAUAAAAGGAGGGAAGGAGUUGUGUGCGUUACAAGUGUGGCCUACUCAACACCAUACAGGAUGUCCUGCGCCAAAGGCCCGGUUGGGUUGAAGUCAAAGAUGAAGGUGAGUGGGACUUCAACUGGUGUGAUGUGGGCUGGCUAAGGGAGAAUUUUGAUCAUUCAUACAUGGAGGAACAUGUGAGGAUAAACCACUUUCGCAAUCAUUAUGAGCUGACUCGCAAAAACCUCAUGGUGAAAAAUCUCAAAAGAUAUAGGAAAAAUCUUGAAAGAGAUGUUGGUCGCAUGGAGGCAUCCAAAUGUGAAUUCUUCCCCUGCACUUUUGCACUGCCAAGCGAAUAUCAUCUGUUUGUAGAGGAAUUCAAAAGAAGCCCUGGUAGCACCUGGAUCAUGAAGCCGGUGGCAAAAUCGCAAGGGAAAGGAAUUUUUCUGUUCAGGAAACUGAAAGACAUCAUGGAUUGGAAGAAGGAUGGCACACGCUCAGAGGAACAGAAGGAUGCAGCUCAAGUGGAAAGCUAUGUGGCACAACGCUAUAUAGAGAACCCUUACCUAAUAAAUGGCCGGAAAUUUGAUCUGAGGGUCUAUGUGCUGGUCACGUCAUACGUUCCCUUGAAAGCCUGGCUGUAUCGAGAUGGCUUUGGCCGCUUUUCAAGCACCCGCUUCUCCCUCAGCAGUAUUGAUGACAAGUAUAUGCACCUCACCAAUGUGGCUGUACAGAAAACAGCACCAGAUUAUGAUCCUGAAAAGGGAUGCAAGUGGCAGUUGCAACAGCUUCGAAGAUACCUCACUGCAAAACAUGGCAGAGAGACAAUAGAAACCCUGUUCAAAGAGAUUGAUAACAUCUUUGUCCGCAGUCUUCAGAGUGUUCAGAAAGUCAUUAUAAAUGACAAACACUGCUUUGAGCUCUAUGGGUACGACAUUCUACUGGAUCAGAACCUCAAACCGUGGUUAAUAGAGGUGAAUGCUUCUCCAUCACACACACCCAGUAGUCAAGAGGAUUACGAGAUGAAGUGCAGUCUGGUGGAAGACACUUUAAAUGUUGUUGAUAUGGAGGGAAGGCUCUCUGGCAAGGAGAAAAGGGUGGGAGGCUACGAUCUGAUGUGGAAUGAUGGGCCCGUCUAUAGAGAGGACGUCAAUCUAGAAACAUUUGGCAGUGCAAGUUUCUCUGCCAACACACACCUAGGGUGUGUGAAUGACAGGGAGAAGCAGCUGCGGCGGCUCCUUAAACCAUUUCCAGGACAGAAAAGGAUGUAACACACUCGUCAUUGUUAUGUCCCACCUGGUAUGUGCCUGGGAGAAGACAGCCUCCAGUAAACACAACAACUUUAGUCAUAUUCAUAAAAAGUUAACUCUCUGUGAUGAACUGAUCAGAAUCCAUCCAACAAGGUUGACAUUUAAAUAUGAAAAUAAAUGAAACUUGCCAUCAUUUAAGUUAAACUAA